GGCACUAAUCGGUAAUCAGUGGCACUGCAGGACAGGUCUGAAGAACAUCUUCUCAUCAUAGCUGAGUGAAACACUCUCCUGACAAUGUCUGACUGUGAGUUGAUUCUGGCCAGCUGGGGGAAAGUGGAGAGCAACCUUGCAGACUAUGGAGGAGAGGUUCUGACCUGUCUGUUCACAGAGCACCCUGACACUCAGAAACUCUUUCCCAAGUUUGUGGGGAUCUCACAAGCUGAACUGGCUGGAAAUGCAGCCAUUGGGGAGCAUGGCAAAACAGUUCUGACAAAACUGGGUGAGAUCCUAAAGGCAAAAGGCUCUAGUGAUGUCAUCAAGCCACUGGCUACAACCCAUGCCAACACGCACAAGAUCGGCCUCAACAACUUCAAGCUGAUCACUGAGGUCAUCAUUAAGGUGUUUGGGGACAAGGGCGUGUGGGAUGCUGCUACCCAGGCUGCCUUCAGAAAGGUGAUGGGUGGUGUUGUCAAUGAGAUCGACUGUGUCUACAAGCAGCUAGGCUUCGCUGGUUAGAUGACAUUUGUCCCCUUGAGUCCCUGACAUUGCACUGCUCCCACUGGCUAAAUUGGUUUACUUGGUUUCAGUAAUCAGUAUUGGUGGAUCAUGAUGUUUUGCAGCAUGUUACUGAUUGAAAAAUAAAACCAUGAAAUUCUA